UGCGGUCCGAUUUCCGUUGUGAGUUGCUGUUGUGUGGUGAGCAUAAAGUGAAGCACGGGCACGAAAGAAUUACCAAGAAUGGUGGUCUCACCAUCGUCAUCACAUAUCCAUCAUCGCUGAACGCACUUUUUCGCCGUGGCGAGUGUUUCUUUCCGUCUCCGUCUUGGUCGCAUAGCUCGAGGGAAAAAUGGUGGUAACCUUGUGUCAGAUACGCUGAUGAACCACGCGAAAAUUGGAAGGACAAACGAGUAGCAAAGUGGAGGACCGAGAGUGUACGUGAUUUUACGGAGCGGAAUAUAGUCGCCAGCCUGCCGCCUCGCUGUUUUUUCGCAUUUAUUGAAUCUGAACAAGUUUGCCUAGCGACGGCCAUCAAUUGACAAGCAGCAAAAGUGGAGCAGCAGUGACAGAAGAGACCCGUCCAUCGUGUGGCAGGUAGACGAGAAGUGAUAGGACGCUUGAGGUGGUGCAGUACGAAGGAGGGAACGGCCAAUCGCUACGAAGAACGGAGGAGGAGGUGUUGGUGGCGGAGGUGGACGAAGACGUCGUCGGCAGGAGCAAACUGUCGGAGGGACUAGCUGACGAAAGUAAGAGAGACGGACAGUUUGUGUAGCAGCUCGAGGUGAAGGAGGACAUCUAGCGUCGUCGUUGUCGUCGUGUCCCACACAAAAACGCCACACGAUGGAGUUACGCGUUGGCAACAAAUACCGACUUGGGCGGAAGAUUGGUUCCGGUUCUUUCGGUGACAUCUAUUUGGGCACGAACAUUUCCACCGGCGAGGAGGUUGCGAUCAAGCUGGAGUGCAUCAAAACCAAGCACCCGCAGCUGCACAUCGAGAGCAAGUUCUACAAAAUGCUCCAGGGGGCGGUCGGCAUCCCGACGAUCAAGUGGUGCGGCUCGGAGGGUGACUAUAACGUGAUGGUGAUGGAGCUACUGGGACCGUCGCUGGAGGACUUGUUCAACUUUUGCUCGCGCCGCUUCACGCUGAAAACGGUGUUGCUGCUGGCCGACCAGAUGAUUUCCCGCAUCGAUUUCAUACACUCGCGCAGCUUCAUCCACCGCGACAUCAAGCCGGACAACUUUCUGAUGGGUCUGGGCAAAAAGGGCAACCUGGUGUACAUCAUCGACUUUGGGCUGGCGAAGAAGUACAAAGAUUCGCGCAGCAUGUCGCACAUACCGUACCGGGAAAACAAAAACCUCACUGGCACGGCCCGGUACGCGUCGAUCAACACACAUCUCGGCAUCGAGCAGUCUCGCCGGGACGACCUCGAGUCGCUCGGGUACGUGCUGAUGUACUUCAAUCUCGGCACGCUGCCGUGGCAGGGCCUGAAGGCGGCGAACAAGCGCCAGAAGUACGAGCGCAUUUCGGAGAAGAAGCUGUCCACGCCCGUCGAGGAGCUGUGCAAGGGCUUCCCGCGCGAAUUCAGCCUCUACCUCGCGUACUGUCGCCACAUGGACUUUAUUCAGCGACCGGACUACUGCUACCUGCGCAAACUGUUCCGCACGCUCUUCCACCGGCAGGGCUUCGUCUAUGACUAUGUGUUCGACUGGAAUAUGCUCAAGUUUGGACGGCCGAACCUGAACGCGUUCACCAGCAUGAAGCGCGGUCAGAGCCGAACGCCCAGCGCGACCCAAAACGAGCAGCAGCAGCAACAGCAGCAACAGAAUCAGCAGCAAGCAGUCGGACAACCGCAACAGCAGAAAGCGAUCACAAAUACGGCCUCGGUAACGACACCAUCUAAGGGGGGAGCCGGUGGUGGCGGCGUCGGUUCGAUCGUGCCCGGUGGAAUGAAUAAUGCCAACAAUGCCAACAACAGCAGCGGCAUGGGAGGAGUCGCAGUCGGUGUCGGUUCGAUGCCGGGUGGUGGUGGACCAGCCCUCGUUGGCAGUCAUCCCGGAUCCGCCGCCAAUAGUGCCGCAGCGGCUGCGGCAGCGGCAGCAGCGGCCGCCGCUGACAAAAACAAGGAAAUGUCACCCCAGACCCGCCAUCUGCUGCAACAUUUCAUUCGGACAGAGCUGCAAAAGGGACAACCGCCGCCGCCGGGCGCUGGAGGAAGUGUACAACAGCAACAGCAGCAGCAGGGUGGAGGCAUGAUGGUCGGUGGGGGAGGCCCGCCGCCAACCAUGGGCGGUCAACCGUCGGCUCACAACAACAACAACGAUAACACGGACCCGGUGGUAGCUGCUUCCUUCUCGCGGCACGAUACACCCGAACGCAGAUCGUCGAUCCGUCUGCGUGGACAAAAUUUGGACGCCCGAAACGCGGAAUAAUAUUAAAUUGUCUCUUUAGUUUUCUAUCACACAUUCUUUUUUUCGUUUUUCCACAUUACUCAUAGUUCAAACACCACCACACAUACACAGAAACGCACGCUAUAUCUUUUUGUUUAGUUGUGAAUUACGAAAUCUAUCUUACCGCGGCACUCCGCUCAUUUUUUAAAUCUUUAUGAGUGAGGAAUUUCCAAUCAACACACACACACAUACUGUCCAUUAAACUAUAAGUAGCCAAAACGGGCCACAUCGAAAAAGGGAACCAGUAGAUAGAUCGCGUUUAGCAGAAAAAAAGGACUUGUGGAUGUGGUCAUCUAUCGUUCGAGCAUGCGUGUGGUUUAGUUGUUAGGCUAGAUGGAUGGUGGACUUGACUUUGGACGGCCGGCAAUAUCGCCGGAAAAGGGGAAAGGUUAGAGACAACCAUUUUGUAACGACCAACGAAUGCAGUUUUGUGUUUCGUUUUGUUUUGUUAGAUUCCUGCUCCUGCUCCUCCGAGAUACGAAACGGAAAUUAGGAAAGGAAUGUACCGAGCGCACGGAGUAUGGUAGAACGCAGUAGAUUUAUAGUAUAUAUAGUAGUUAUAAAGUAAUAGCUAUGUAUGCAUAAACGCGUGUGCUUGCAGAAACGGAAAGACGGAAGACGCGAAUAUCAUCUCGGCCGUGUCGCAACAUUCUCCGAUCUCCUAUCCGUAAAACGUACAGGAUAUACGUAGGUGACGUUUAGUAAUGAUUCAACUCAAGUGCGUUACCGCCGGCGAUAGUAAAACGUUUCUAAAAUGUUUGUUAAUCGGGGGGAAACAUCGAUAGAUCGAUCAACUUGAAGGAAAAAAAGAACUCGUUCGCAUGAGAAAACAUCAAUUUUUGUUUUGUACUAUGUCUAUGUGUGGUGGGUUUGUGUGUGUAUGUAUAUUUGUCUGGAUGUGUGUUCCUAUGCUGUAUGUGUCGAUUUCAGCAUCCUUGUGUAAGGAACACCAUGUUAGCGUUAGUCGCGUCUGCUCGCGCUCAGAGUGGAAAAAAGGAAAUUUGAAACGAUUCCCCUCAAACUGUCGCAACCAUUCUUCCAUGUAAGAUUUGUUGUAGGAGGAUCGGAUUUUAAAAGAACUAAUUUAAAUCAACCUUUUGUAAUGCUGACGAUAGACGAACUGUGGCGGAGGCAUAUCCCUUCUCUUAUAUCUUCUUUAUUUUUUUUUUAUAAUUAUCCAUUACAACUCUCAAACAGUGCCUCUGGGUGUGUGAGCGCGUGCACGGGUUUGUGCAAAUCGAAGCACACCAGAGCUGCGGGGGCAGACUUCGUACGGCAUGUGCGUGGUUGAAGUAUGAACAUCCCCCAAAACCCCCUUCGCUGCAGGAAAAGGGAACAUAGUUAGGCAAAUAUGAUAUGAGUGAUGAAUUAGUAGUGGGUCAAACAACACAGGCAGUAAUAUUGUCUUUGUAGAAAUAUAAGGAUACAAGGAAAAGCGACACAACAAUUAUCGACCAUCGUACAGUAAUAGGAAGAAACUAGUUAAAAUGAUGCAAUGGGUAGCGACAUGAUUUCGAAGGAUUAACCUGGAAGCGCAUGGUAUGGUGUUUGUGUAUGUGUGUGUGUGUGUGUGUGUGUGUGUAUUGAAAGUUCUUAAAGAACUUGGUAGUUGGGAAGAGAGUAACGUACGUACACAUACACAUUCAUACACACACCCGUGCCAGCUCCUUUUUCCGGUCCUUAUCGAUAACUAGUAAUGAUAGUUUACACUUCAUAUAUAAGUGGUGGAAAACCAGGUAAUGUAGAGAGUGUGUUUUUUCUGCUUUGAAGAAUCGAUUGAAGAGAAAGUGCUUAGAAUUUAGUGCAAAAAGAGGGCGCGUGAUAAGAUACACAACAAGGGCAAAUGCAACUAAAUAAAAUCGACUAACCUAGAAGAUAUAUGACACGUAAUUGCAUCUCGUUUAACAUUUGACUAAAAAAAUGGAAAAGAAUAAAAAAACGAGGAUCAUCAACACCACUACUCGCCAAUUCCCAUAAGCCAAACGGCGGUGGUAAAGGGUUCCGUGCAGAUCAUUGAUUGGCUUUAGCGAUGAUAAGAAACGAGCAAUGGAAAGCGUAGGCGGCUAUAAUGAGCAUUGGGUGGCACAUUUAAUCUGUCUGUCCGGGAGCGAAAAAUGGGUAUUGGACGAAUUUGUAGCAAAGCAGUGGCAUACUAGCUGCAUUUUUUUGAACCUUUCUUUCAUUCAUCUAUAAUUUGUCUAGUUUUAAAUGCCGAUACAACAAAAACAGCUAGAGCAUGAUGAAUGUGAAAAAA